UUAUGUUUGGCGACAUGCACACUGACUGAGCACAAUUGGUUUCUGAGUUGCAGAUGGUGGCCGUGUGCUGAACUGCGUUCAAGUGCUCUCGAUGCAAAAGAUACUUGAGCUGAGUGCCACGAGAUACCUGUCCCUAUAAAUGCGUCCAGCAUGUGCUUGCUUUCAUGGAUAUAUGGAGCGUCACACCAAGUCAACUGGGCAGAGUUUGCUGCUGCAUGGUCCAUGGUAAAACUUCAACACCUCAGUCACAGAGUCUUAGCAGGAAAAGGAGGAAAGCUUAGCCCAAAGGUGAUCACCGUGAUUGCUUUUAUUUGGUGGCAAGCAGCAGCCAGCAGUGCUUGGCAAUGCCGCGCGAGAUCAUCACAUUGCAGGUGGGGCAAUGUGGCAAUCAGAUUGGCGCAGAGUUCUGGAAACUCUUGUGUGCAGAGCAUGGAAUCAGCCAGCGAGGCAUUCUCGAAGACUUUGCUACUGCGGGAGAUGAUCGGAAGGAUGUGUUUUUCUACCAAGCUGACGAUGAGCACUACAUUCCUAGAGCGUUGCUCCUGGACAUGGAACCUAGAGUGAUCAACGUUAUUCAAACCUCUGAAUAUGCAGAGUUGUACAACCCUGAGAACGUGUUUAUCUCCAAAGAUGGUGGAGGUGCUGGCAACAACUGGGCCAAAGGCUACAGCAUGGCCGAAAAGGUCCAAGAGGAGGUCUUUGACAUGGUGGACCGGGAGGCUGAUGGCAGUGAUAGUUUAGAAGGUUUUGUCCUCAUCCACUCUAUUGCUGGUGGAACUGGAAGUGGCAUGGGAUCCUUUUUGCUUGAAGCAAUCAAUGACCGGUAUCCGAAGAAGUUGGUCCAGACACUCGGCAAGACGUGCUAA